AUGGACAUAGGUCCCGUCGCAAGCCUGCCAUGUCUCGUUCUCGCUGGUUUGGCCUUCGUUGUCGUCCUCGCCCUUGCCCUCGGAGUUGGCCUCGGACUCGGACUCAAGCAUCACUCAUCUCGAACUUACGUUACAACAAAUUCAUCGUUUAUUUUAGACCCUUCCUUUCAAAUAUCUAACGCGACUACAACCCGGUAUUAUGAGUGGACCGUUUCAGAGGCAUCUGGGGCUCCAGAUGGCUACGAGCGGACUAUGCUUGUGGUCAACAAUCAGUUCCCGGGUCCGCUUAUCGAGGUCAACAGUGGUGACCAAGUUGUUAUCAACGUGUUUAAUAGCCUGCCGAAUGGCACAACAAUUCACUGGCAUGGGCAAUGGCAAAAUGGCACAAAUUACAUGGAUGGCACCAGUGGGGUGACGCAGUGUCCCAUUCCUCCUGGCAUGAACUACACUUACCGUUUCACCAUCGACCCGAACCAGUACGGCACGUAUUGGUGGCACGCGCACGCUUCUACUCAGUAUACGGAUGGUAUCUAUGGUCCACUUGUCAUUCACUCCCCCGCCGAACCUGUUUACGGGAGUUACGAUCGAGAGGCCCUUGUUAUCAUGUCUGACUGGUAUCACGAUAUGUCGUCUGGUCUCCUGACACAAUACCUCAGUAAUGCCGGGAUUGAUGACCAAAAUAGCCCCAUAUACGACAACCCUGGCGCUGAGCCGCCCCCGGAUAGCGGUCUCAUCAAUGGCCAGAUGAUUGGUUCAUCGUUUGAUUUCAAGCCUAACUUGCGCUACCGCCUACGCCUCAUUAACAUGGCCACCCUCACGGAAUUUGUCUUCAGCGUGGACAACCACAUGCUUGAGGUUGUCGAGUCGGAUGGCACGAGUGUCGUCGGCGCUGCAGUUCAUCGUGCCCCAAUCAACGUCGCACAACGUUAUUCCGUAAUUCUAACGACGAACCAGACGUUGGGCUCGUACAAUGUUCGUGCGGAGAUGCAGGACAUCUGUUACAAGCUAGACAACCCCAACUUGGAUACGAUGGUUCUCGGCACGCUAACAUACGGAGCAACGGCUGUGGCAACCCCGAGCACGCAGAAUUGGAACGAUGCGUACCCUGGCGACUGUAUCGACUUGAACGCAACGCAGCUUGUGCCUGUCAUUGAGUCACCACCGCCAAACUCGACGAUGACGGUCAGCGUUUCGAUGUCGUUCCAGCAGACGUUUGCUUCGGGCGGUCAGGCAACAUUAGGCUAUAUGAACAACACGAGCUGGGAAGCGGAUAGUGCUGAUCCCACCCUGAUGCAGAUGUAUAAAGCGGGGGCGCAGACGAGUUUCAGCCAGAGUCAGCUGGUGGUCGUCAAUGAUGACAUUCAGGUCAUUGAUCUGAUCAUGGAUAACUACGAUGACUCAUCUCAUCCAUUCCAUCUACACGGUCACACAUUCUGGCUGUUGGGAAUUGGCGAUGGUUCCUUCGUGCCCGGUCAAUCAGAGGUGUAUUUAAACUACAACAAUCCACCUCGACGAGACACGCUCACCGUCCCCGGGUACGGCUGGAUAGCGAUUCGGUUCAUCGGCGACAACCCGGGACUUUGGGCGUUCCAUUGUCACAUCGGCUGGCAUAUGGCCGCUGGGCUAUUGAUGCAGUUCGCGAGCUUGCCGAGCAGGAUUCAGCAGUUUAGCAUACCAGAUUACCUGGGCCAGCAGUGCUCUAGUCAAAGUGGGGGGACGAUCUUGAACAGAGGGAUCAGCAUUGGUAGAUGA